CGCUGAGCACCUGUGCGGGUGUGUUUGUGCGUGAAUUCCCUCUUUUCUCGUCGUCUUUCUGUUUCCUUUUUAUCCUCAAACUUCAACACUUUGCGGACGCGGCGACGCAUUACGUCACCUCGUUUCGGCUCCGCGCGCGCCUGCUGCUGGCUGGCGCUCGAGCGUUCGGACCACCGGAGACCGGGACCGAACCGGGUUGGAGAACCGAGACCGAACCGGGACUGAGCCGGCACUGAACCGGGGGGAAGAACCGGGGAACAUGCAGCGGCAGACACCGGACGACGCGACGGGGAACAGCGACGUUCGCACGCGGAGCCUGGAGAUAAAUUCCGAAUGAUUGAUGACUGCGGGCAGAGCGGGGACAACAUGGCAGAUCGACGGCAGCUGUUGGUGGAGAUGAGGGCUCACGAUCUGGACUCCAUACGACUAUCGACCUACAGGACGGCCUGCAAACUGCGAUUCGUGCAGAAACGAUGCAACUUGCACCUGGUGGACAUCUGGAACGUGAUCGAGGCCUUCCGGGAGAACGGGCUGAACGCCAUGGAGCCGGGCGGCGAGCUGUCCGUGGCCCGCCUGGAAGCGGUGCUGUCCACCAUCUUCUACCAGCUGAACAAACGCAUGCCCACCACCCACCAGAUCGCCGUGGAGCAGUCCGUCAGCCUGCUGCUCCACUUCCUGCUGGCGGCGUUCGACCCCGACGGCCUCGGGAAGAUGUCCGUCUUCACGGUGAAGACGGCUGUAGCGACCAUCUGCGGAGGCAAAAUCCUGGAUAAGUUAAGAUAUAUCUUCUCUCAGAUCUCGGACGCCGCCGGAGUGAUGGUGCACUCGCAGUUCGACCACUUCCUGCGGGAGGCGCUCAAACUGCCCAUGGCCGUCUUCGAGGGCCCUUCGUUCAGCUACUCGGAGCAGGCGGCGAGGGCGUGCUUCACGCAGCAGAAAAAAGUUUCCCUCAACGCCUUCCUGGACACGCUGAUGUCGGACCCGCCCCCUCAGUGUCUGGUGUGGCUGCCGCUCAUGCACCGCCUCGCCAACGUGGAGAACGUCUUCCACCCGGUCCAGUGCUCCUACUGCCACACUGAGAGCAUGAUGGGUUUCCGCUACCGCUGCCAGCAAUGUCAUAAUUAUCAGCUGUGUCAGGACUGCUUCUGGAGGGGGCAUGCCAGCGGUUCCCAUAGCAACCAGCACCAGAUGAAGGAGUACACAUCAUGGAAAUCUCCUGCCAAGAAGUUGUCCCAGGCGCUGAGUAAGUCUCUGAGCUGUGCGUCCAGCAGGGAGCCUCUCCACCCCAUGUUCCCCGACAUGCCCGACAAGCCGCUCAACCUCGCCCACAUCGUAGACACGUGGCCUCCCAGACCGGUCAACCUGUCCUCUGACUUCUCCCUGUGCCACUCCAUGCCCACUUCAGGAAACCCGUACUCCACCAAAACGAAUCAAGCCGUGGACCAGAGGAAGCCCCUGACUGGAGCUGCUCCUCAUCUUCUGAAAGGCAGAGGGGUGAACUGCAGCCUGGACGUGGCAGACAGACUGGCAGACGAGCACGUCCUCAUUGGCCUCUAUGUCAGUCUGCUGCAGAAGCAGCCUCCCUCCUGUUUGUCGGAGAGCAGCAGCCAUCAGGAUGAAGAGCACAGCCUCAUCGCUCGCUACGCCGCCCGGCUGGCCGCCGACGCUGCGGCCCAGCAGCAGCAGCAGCAGCAGCAGAGAGUUCCCACUGACUUCCCAGGAUCUCUGGACGCCAACAAGCAGCAGAGGCAGCUGAUCGCUGAGCUGGAGAGCAAAAACAGAGAAAUCCUGCUGGAAAUCCAGCGGCUGCGUCUGCAGCACGAGGAGGCGUCGCAGCCGCCGCCCGACAAGGGCCAACACAACCCCAUGCUGCUCGCCGAGCUCCGACUUCUCAGGCAACGUAAAGACGAGCUGGAGCUGCGAAUGUCGACUCUGCAGGAGAGUCGCAGGGAGCUGAUGGUGCAGCUGGAGCAGCUCAUGAUGCUCCUCAAGACUCAGGGUCCCGGCUCUCCGCGCUCCUCUCCCAGUCACACCUUCAGCCGUUCCAUUCCCACCCCGGUCCACUCGGACUCGGCCGGCUCCACCCCGACUCACACUCCUCAGGACUCUCUGAUGGGGGUGGGGGGAGACGUGCAGGAGGCCUUCGCUCAGGGUCCUCGGAGGAACCUGCGGACUGACCUGCUGAUGGCGGCGGACUCCAUCACCAGCACCAUGUCGUCUCUGGUCAAGGAGCUCCACUCAGAAGGUGGCAGUGAGUCGGAGAGCACAGUGGACUCGGAGCCGGGCCGCUGUGACCUGUCAACCUCCUCAGAGCAUCUGCUCCCAUACAAACACAGACCCGUGAGCUCUGCAGAGGAGGACCGCUUCGAGAACGACAUGGAGUCACUCCUGGAGAACGAACUGUCGCUGGAGGAGCUGCUGAAGCCGAGACAGGAGGCCGAGAAGGCCUGCGUGCAGGUGACGCUGCAGCAGUGAUCGAGUCUAUCUGGCUGCGACGUGACAGCGAGCCGAGGCGGACCCAGCUCAAACUGUGAAGAGAUGAGACGCUGAGCGGUCGGCCGUCGAUACCACAGGUGCCAUGAAACCAACACCUCACCACUUCCAGCCCUUCGUCUGGACGCGUUUUGUCCGUGUUGUCCGGGAGUCUCUGUUUCCUUCCUCUUGGUUUUCUUGCUGUUUGUGUUUGUUCGGUUUGGUUUCUGAGACGCACACUGCCUUAGCUGACUGAUGACCCGCCCCUGCGGUUCAUUCAGCAUGUAGCUCCCCUCCUGCUGCGCCGCCGGUGUUACGCCGAGUUCUGCAUCCCCGCAGAGGAUCGUCCCCCCUCACACACGCUUCACACUCUGAAUCAACGCUCUGGCAGUUUUCCAGUGGAACCCGGAGGAGUUCCAGGCCCCGGUGACGUUUCAGCGCAGCGUCGUCACAGUUUCGUUUCAGAAACGAUUCAUGUUUGCACAGAAACGGCAGAAACACUGAAAACAGUGUAGCUUUCAUGUUGGGCCACUAGUGGGAGCUGUUGUUUGUUUAUUGUUGAAACCACACACACACACAUGCAGAAAACAAACUGAAAUCAGAGUGUUUUCAAACAGUUGUGUUUUCAGUGAGUCCAAGCAGCGUUGUCAUGGAAAUGGGGCCUCAGAGUCCACGAUGUUAAACUACAUGUGCCGUAGUUCACGUCUUCCUGCAGAGGGGACGCUUCUGCUGCGAUGCAGACCUGACCGUAACACCGAUACGGCGUCGCUUCGGGAGACGCGCACGGUGACUUCGGUCCGUGUUUCAUAAAGCUUCAUCCAAAUCACUGAAGGUUCAGUAUGUAGGUGUGUGUUGAUUUCGAAACGUUCAGGAACAAACAUCAUUAACCUGCUCACCUGUCAGCUGUGGCAUGUUCAGUCAAUCUGUCCUGCUGACUGAAGGAGACACGAUACUGACUCACUACUGCCCCCUAAAGCACAGGAGGGGCAUUACUGGCAUUUCAUAUACUGCACCUUUAAGGAUUUGCCGUGGAAGAGCAUGGAACUAGAAAAUAAGGUUCAAUCAGGUUCAUUUGAUUAAUUUAAGACACACACACACACACACACACACACACACACACACACACACACACACACACACACACACACUGUAAAUGUGUGAAAUGUGUCCCGUUGGAUUUGUGAGCUGCUUCCUACUGAUCCCCGCAUGGUGGUGACACAUAAUAAACUGUUGGCACAAUAUCUCCGUUUCAACCUAUAAACUUCUUUUUCCCGUUCCACUCGGCUUCUUCUGGCGCUGCACAUUUAUUAUCUGUCAAACACGCUCCGCUGAGCGCCCUCCGCCUUAUUGUCUGUAAUUCAUCACGCAGUGAAUCCUGAAGGCAGCAGAGCAGCUGUGCGGCGCCCUCUGCUGGUCGAUCAAUGAACUGAUGGCAGGAUUUCACUGAAACAUGAUGCAUUCACUGACAGCUGAAACAUGCUGGCGGAUCAUCCAGCCUUGAUAUUUGUUGUGAACAUUACUUGAUUGCAGUAAUUUGUUUAAUAAACGUGUUCUUUGCAUGUUCUUAUGUGUCCAAGAGGAAACUGCAGUUGAAUAAAGUCACCUGGACUUGAUUUAAUUUAUUUCAACACAUUACCAAUUU